UGGCCUCCACGCCACAACAGGUGUGGGUAAGGAUGGAAAUGAGCGUUUUCGUAGAUUAAUAGAAGCAUAAUUAAGUUAUAGUUUAAAGAUUUUAAUGCAGGAAGUUCCAUGUUCAUUCUACUUUCAAGCUACUAAAGCAAAAAUAUUGACAUAUUAGGUGGUUAAUUCUUAAACACCGAUACUUCAACGUAGCAGCCGACAGGGGGCGCGGAAAGCAGCACCGACCUAUUGAGUGACAUCCAGCGGAGUAGAAUGGGGCACGGUGUGGGUUAGUUCACCGCCUGGCACCGGCAGCACACUCCGGAACCACCAGGACUCUCCAACGGGUGGGCGUAAUUUGACAGACCCGGAUUGUGGCGGUUUCCGCUGAGCUUUCUCUGCUCUCCUUUCGGUACUCUCUGGAGCUCCUCCACUACACCGGGAGAUUGUCUGACAACCAGCUCCGGACAGUCGCUCAGGUGGACGCCACAAGCGAAGCCAGGCACCGGGGGUGAGGUGACCAUGCCUGGCUCGGUGCCCAUCACAUACCGACCACCUCCGCCAGGUCACGAGCACCACACGGCCCCAGGCGCCGCUCCAGCCGGAGAGACAGCAGCGAUGUCCGGCGCAGGUUCACUUGUGCUCCCGGCUGGCAUCAUCGACCCUUCUGUGCCAAUUCGUGACAUUAAAACGAAAUUUCUCGUUCUCACUGGACUAAUUCAAGCUGGAGAGGUGAACAACCGGGAUAUAGUUGAAACUGUCCUCAAUUUGUUGGUGGCUGGCGAGUUCGAUUUGGAGACCAACUUCAUUAUCCAAGACGCAGACGCCAUUGGCUGCCUGCCGGCUCUGCUGGAGCACUGCGAUGUCACCUGCCAGGCGGAACUCUGGAGCAUGCUCACCGCCAUGCUCCGGAAGAGCAUGCGCAACCUGCAGAUGAGCACCGAAGUCGGCCUGAUCCAACAGGUGCUGCUCAGGAUGAGCUCGGUGGACGACAUGAUUGCAGACUUGCUAGUGGACAUGCUGGGAGUGCUGGCCAGCUACAGCAUCACGGUGAAGGAGGUGAAGCUUCUCUUCAGCAGGCUGCGAGGGGAAGGCGGCCUCUGGCCCAGACAUGCUGUCAAGAUGUUGUCGGUGCUCAAUCAGAUGCCCCAGAGACACGGGCCGGACGCCUUCUUCAACUUCCCUGGUCGCAGUGCAGCUGCCAUUGCUUUACCUCCGAUCGCCAAGUGGCCUUACCAGAAUGGCUUCACGUUCAACACAUGGUUCAGGAUGGAUCCCUUGAACAACAUCACCGUUCACAAGGACAAACCUUAUCUCUACUGCUUUCGCACCAGCAAGGGUAUCGGCUACUCUGCACAUUUUGUGGGCAACUGCCUGAUUGUCACAUCUCUCAAAUCUAAAGGAAAAGGUUUCCAGCAUUGCGUGAAGUAUGAUUUCCAACCUAGAAAGUGGUACAUGAUCAGCAUCGUUCACGUCUACAGCCGCUGGAGGAACAGCGAAAUCCGUUGUUACGUCAACGGCCAACUGGUUUCUUACGGAGACAUGGCUUGGCACAUUAACACAAAUGAUAGUUACGAUAAGUGUUUCCUGGGCUCCUCUGAGACGGCCGAUGCGAACAGAGUCUUCUGUGGACAGCUGGGAGCAGUCUACGUGUUUGGCGAUGCUCUGAAUCCCGCUCAGAUCUUUGCCAUCCAUCAGCUUGGCCCAGGCUAUAAGAGUACAUUCAAGUUCAAGUCGGAGAGCGAUGUCCACCUAGCGGAACAUCACAAGCAAGUGUUGUAUGACGGCAAGCUGGCCAACUCCAUCGCCUUCACUUAUAACUCCAAGGCCACCGAUGCACAACUCUGUCUGGAGUCUUCGCCCCGAGAAAACACCUCCAUCUUUGUCCAUUCACCCCAUGCUCUUAUGCUACAGGAUGUGAAAGCGACAGUGACUCACUCCAUCCACCGCGCCAUCCACUCCAUCGGUGGCAUCCAGGUUCUCUUCCCUCUGUUUGCCCAGCUGGACUACCAUCAGUUAAACGACAGCCAAGUGGAGAGCACUGUAUGUGCUACUCUCCUGGCCUUUCUGGUGGAGCUACUUAAAAGUUCCGUUGCCAUGCAGGAACAAAUGCUUGGAGGAAAGGGCUUUUUGGUGAUUGGAUACCUCCUAGAGAAGUCGUCACGGGUGCACAUCAGCAGGUCCGUGCUGGAGCAGUUCCUCGGAUUUGCUAAAUAUCUUGACGGGCUCACAUUCGGGGCGCCACUGCUCAAGCAGCUAUGCGACCACAUCCUGUUCAAUGCCGCCAUCUGGAUCUACACCCCUGCCAAGAUCCAGCUUUCUCUCUACACAUACCUCUCCUCCGAGUUCAUCGGCACGGCAACCAUCUGUAACACCAUUCGACGAGGCGGCACGGUGCUCCAGCUAAUGCACACUCUCAAGUACUACUACUGGGCUGUCAACCCCGCAGAUGGCAGCGGCAUCACCCCGAAGGGUCUCGAUGGUCCACGGCCGACCCAGAAAGAAAUCAUCUCUCUGCGGGGAUUCAUGCUUCUCUUCCUCAAGCAACUCAUCUUGAAGGACCGAGGUGUGAAGGAGGAUGAGCUGCAGAGCAUUCUCAACUAUUUGUUAACAAUGCAUGAGGAUGAGAAUCUGCACGAUGUGUUACAGUUGGUGGUCGCCCUCAUGUCUGAGCACCCCGCCUCCAUGAUCCCUGCUUUUGAUCAGAGGAAUGGGAUACGGGUAAUCUAUAAACUCAUGGCUUCCAAGAGUGAAAGCAUUCAAGUGCAAUGCCUCAAAGCGCUCGCGUACUUCCUCAAGCAUUUGGGACACAAGAGGAAGGUGGAAAUCAUGCACACUCAGAGCCUCUUCACCCUCCUGGGAGAGAAGCUGCUGCUACCCAGCGGCACUAUGACGGUGACCACCUACAACACCUUGUAUGAGAUUCUGACAGAGCAGGUGUGCACGCAGGUGGUCCACAAACCGCACCCUGAGCCUGACUCCACCAUCAAGAUUCAGAACCCGAUGAUCCUAAAAGUGAUAGCGACUUUAUUGAAGAACUCAGCUUCCGGCCCAGAGCUGAUGGAAAUCCGCCGCCUCUUCCUUUCCGACAUGAUCAAACUGUUCAGCAGCAGCCGAGAGAACAGACGAUGCUUGCUUCAGUGCUCUGUGUGGCAGGACUGGAUGUUUUCUCUGGGAUACAUCAACCCCAAAAACCCAGAAGAGCAGAAGAUCACAGAGAUGGUCUACAACAUUUUCCGUAUUCUGCUGUACCACGCCAUCAAGCACGAGUGGGGGGGCUGGCGUGUAUGGGUGGACACCCUCUCCAUCGCCCACUCAAAGGUGACAUAUGAGGCACACAAGGAGUACCUGGCAAAGAUGUAUGAGGAGUACCAGCGUCAAGAAGAGGAAAACAUCAAGAAAGGCAAGAAGGGUUUGGUCAGCACCAUCUCAGGUCUGUCGGCUCAGACCUCUGGCAUCAAAGGUGCGGUUGAGAUGGGAGCAAUAGAUCGCAACUCCCAGUCGCCAGGAAGCCAGGGGGAAAAUGAUGGCGUGGAUCCCCGUAACCUCCUGGCAGAAGGUCGGGGUCCAGAGGCGGGUCAGAAUGCAGGAGAUGGCGUUAGCGUUGAAGUCCAGCACCUCCUAGUGGACAUCAAGGCUGAGAAGGUGGAGGCCACAGAGGUGAAGAUGGACGACAUGGACACUCCAGGAGGCUGUGAGAAUGGAGCGCUCAUGGAGGUUGACUCCCUGCUGGAUAAUGUUUACUGUGCCGCAGUGGGGAAGCUGAGCGGUGACCUCAGCAGUGUGUUGCUGCCAAAGAGCAGCAUGGGCGACCAGAGUGCACCUCCUCUCAUCACACUGGAUGAUGACAAAGACAGCAACAACUUCUUGUUCUGCAAGGCCGACAUGGAAGGCGCAUUACUGCCUGACUUCAGUCCAGCUCAAACUUUAAUGCCACACAGCCCAGAAGCUUCACAUGCCUCCAGUGCCGGCCGUGAACUGGGCCUUCUGGCUCACAUGACUGGAAGCUCAGCGUUUGCCUCGUUACCCAGCAUCUUGGAAAAGGAUGAGUUUGGGAGUUUGGCAGCGUUGGACAGCAUUAACCAUGUCCCUCCUGCACAGGUUGAGGCACCCUCGUUCUCCACAAGUCCAGAGGUUGUGGCGCCCUCUAAAGGAGACAUUUCAGCUGGCUGGAGCAGGAACGCAGUUGAUGUGAAUGCCACAAGCAACACCUCAGAUGCAGUUGAGAUGAAGAUUCAGACAACAGCUACCACACAGAGUCUAAAUGGCCACCUAAGCAAUCCAGUGGACAGUGUGGACUUGAGGGGCGCGACCAUGCCUGAAGACCAGCGGCGGCAGUUCAGCCCAGGGCCUCGCACCACUAUGUUCCGCAUCCCAGAGUUCAAAUGGUCACCCUUGCACCAGAGACUGCUGGCUGACCUGCUCUUUGCCCUGGAGAGUGACGUCCAUGUGUGGAGGAGCCACUCCACCAAGUCCGUCAUGGACUUUGUCAACAGCAGCGAAAACAUCAUUUUCGUCCACAACACCAUCCAUCUCAUCUCACAGAUGGUGGACAACAUCAUCAUCGCUUGCGGGGGAAUCCUUCCCUUGCUCUCAGCUGCCACCUCUCCCUCUGUGGAGAACAUCGAGGCCAUGCAGGGCAUGUCCUCGGAGACGGCCAUCACAUUCCUGUCCCGUCUGAUGGUCAUGGUGGACGUGCUGGUCUUCUCCAGCUCGCUCAAUUUCAGUGAGAUCGAGGUGGAGAAAAACAUGUCUUCCGGCGGCCUGAUGCGUCAGUGCCUGAGACUCGUGUGUUGCAUGGCUGUGAAGAGCUGUCUGGAGUGCAGGCAGAGACACACAGACUUGGGGAAAAUGAUGUCUGUUCCAAACAACAACAAAUGCCAGGAAAUUCUGCCAAAUGCUGUGACCCCCGGCAAGACCAUUUUAGAAAGCAAUGUCUCCCCCAUCAAGGACCCUGAUCGCCUCCUGCAGGACGUGGACAUCAACCGUCUGCGUGCGGUGGUGUUUCGUGACGUGGACGACAGCAAACAAGCUCAAUUUCUGGCUUUGGCUGUGGUCUACUUCAUUUCGGUCCUCAUGGUCUCCAAGUACCGAGACAUCCUGGAGCCGCAACGCGAGACUGCCAGGACGAGCAGCAUGCACCAGGAGAUCGACUCACCGACCAUCACAGAACCAUCACAGACGUUCACCAACAGCAAUGACCACUUUUCACCACCAGAGGAGCCAUUCAUUCCCCAUGCAGACUCAACUAUCAGAGCAGAGCGGGUCGUCAGCGUGGUUAAUGGAUCUGACCCGGGGUGUGGGGCAGGAGGUCCAGACGCAAUAAGUGAGCUCUUAUCAGGCCUGGCGAAGAAGUCCCUGCAAGGUCUGUCCGAGCAGCCAACUGUGGAGGUGAUGAAGCAGCCGCCGCCUUGCUCCUCUGCCCCCGCUAACAAGGGGCUCAAUGUUAAGGAGAUUCUGAAGAGCCUGGUGGCGGCGCCUGUGGAGGGCGUGGAGGCCGGCCUUGAGCCGGUGUCCUGCCCGGACCCCGCCGCCAAGGCCCAGAGCAUUCUACCCAUGCAGUUUCACUCCUUUGACAGGAGCGUGGUGGUGCCUGUGAAGAAGCCGUCCCAUGGAGGCCUCGGCAUCAAUACAUUGGGUGGAAGUCCUUCUUCUGGCCUCUCGACCCCCAAUAUAUUUGCCUCUGUGACCCCCAAAAGCAUGAUCAACACCAUGGGAGCUGUCGAUGCCGCCACCACCUCCUCAUCCACGCCCUCCUCCGGUCUCGUCAAUGGCGCCACCAGUAAGAAUCUUCCAGCUGUGCAGACAGUGGCGCCGAUGCCUGAAGACACCGUUGAAAACAUGAGUAUUACGUCAAAGCUGGAGAGGGCUUUGGAGAAGGUGGCACCCCUGCUGAGGGAGAUCUUUGUAGACUUUGCACCCUUCCUGUCACGCACCUUGCUGGGCAGCCACGGACAGGAGCUGCUGAUAGAAGGUCUUGUGUGCAUGAAGUCAAGCACGUCCGUGGUGGAACUUGUCAUGCUGCUUUGUUCUCAAGAGUGGCAGAAUUCCAUCCAGAAGAACGCCGGCUUGGCCUUCAUCGAGCUCAUCAACGAAGGAAGGUUACUGUGCCACGCCAUGAAGGACCACAUAGUCCGGGUGGCCAACGAGGCCGAGUUCAUCCUGAAUAGACAGCGAGCCGAAGACGUCCACAAACAUGCUGAAUUUGAGUCCAACUGUGGCCAAUACGCCGCUGAGAGGAAAGAAGAAGAGAAGAUGUGCGACCACCUGAUCAGCGCCGCCAAACACAGAGACCACGUGACGGCCAAUCAGCUGAAGCAGAAGAUCGUCAACAUCCUCACCAACAAACAUGGCGCCUGGGGGAUGCCGGGCCAGAGGCCGUCACAUGACUUUUGGCGUCUGGACUACUGGGAAGAUGACCUGCGGCGGAGGCGGCGAUUUGUCAGGAACCCGCUUGGCUCCACCCACUUGGACGUCUCGUGCAAAACCCUACAGGAAUACGGUACAGAAAACGACGAGUUGGUCAAGUUGAAGAUACCCGUCCUGGGUCAAAGCAUACCCAGCCAGAACCCCGAAACAGAUCUUAUUCUGGAGGGAGAGGACGACUCAUCCGGCUUGUUGCAGGAGAAGGAGGCGGACAACCUGGGCGGCCCGGUGGUUCUGAGCAGCCCGGCGCAGCUCGUCGCGCCAGGCCUGGUGGCCCGGGGGACCCUGUCCAUCACUACCAGCGAAAUCUACUUCGAGGUGGACGAGGACGACCCAGCCUUUAAACGGCUCGGCCCAAAGGUCUUGGCGUACACCGAGGGUCUCCACGGCAAAUGGAUGUUCAGCGAGAUCCGUGCCGUCUUCUCCAGGCGCCACCUCCUGCAGAACAGCGCCGUGGAGGUCUUCAUGGCCAACAGGACAUCGGUCCUCUUCAACUUUCCCGACCAGGCCACUGUGAAGAAAGCGGUCUAUAGUCUUCCCCGAGUGGGAGUGGGGACCAGCUAUGGACUACCUCAAGACAGGCGAAUCUCAUUGGCGAACCCUCGGCAGCUUUUCAAAGCGUCCAACAUGACGCAGCGCUGGCAGAGGAGAGAGAUCUCCAACUUUGAGUACCUCAUGUUCCUCAACACCGUUGCAGGCCGGACUUACAACGACCUCAGCCAGUAUCCCAUUUUUCCGUGGGUUCUGGCCAGCUACGACUCAGAGGAGCUGGACCUCACCCUGCCGGCCAACUUCAGAGAUCUCUCCAAGCCCGUCGGCGCUCUCAACCCAAAGCGCGCCGCCUUCUUCGCCGAGCGCUACGAGUCAUGGGAGGACGAUCAGACGCCACCUUGCCAUUACCGGUGCCACUGCUCCACUGCUGCCUCAACGCUGCACUGGCUCAUCAGGAUGGAGCCGUUCACCACCUUGUUUCUAAGCGCCAAUAAUAACACAUUUGACCACCCAGACCGCAUCUUCUCUUCCAUUGCGCGCUCGUGGAGGAACUGCCAGCGGGACACCUCGGACGUGAAGGAGCUAAUACCAGAGUUGUUCUACCUGCCAGAGAUGUUGGUCAACACAAAUGGAUACCAUCUGGGGAUGCGUGAGGACCGCGUCAUGGUGAGCGACGUGGACUUGCCGGCCUGGGCCGAGACUCCCGAGGACUUCGUGAGGAUCAACAGAAUGGCCCUGGAAAGCGAGUUUGUGUCAUGUCAGCUGCAUCAGUGGAUUGACCUUAUUUUCGGCUACAAGCAGCGAGGCCCCGAGGCGGCGCGCGCACUCAACGUCUUUCACCACCUGACCUACGAGGGCAGCGUGAGCCCAGACGGGAUGGCUGACCCUUUGAUCAGAGAGGCCACGGAGGCUCAGAUCCGCAGCUUUGGACAGACGCCAUCUCAGUUGCUUAUUGAGCCACAUCCUCCACGCAGCUCCGCCAUGCACCUGAGUCCGCUGAUGUUCAAGGAGCAGAUGCAGCAGGACGUCAUCAUGGUGCUGAAGUUUCCCUCCAACUCUCCGGUGACGCACGUGGCCGCCAACACGCUGCCUCAUCUCACCGUGCCGGCCGUGGUCACCGUCACGUGCAGCCGCCUCUUCGCCGUCAACCGCUGGCACAACACGGUCGGUCUGAGAGGAGCACCAGGCUACUCUCUGGAGCAGGCGCAUCAUCUCCCCAUAGAGAUGGACCCCCUGGUUGCAAACAGCGCUGCGAGCAACAAGCGUCAGAUCACAGACUUAGUGGACCAGAGCAUCCAGAUCAGCACCCAGUGCUUCGUGGUGACAGCUGACAACCGUUACAUCCUGGUGUGCGGAUUCUGGGACAAGAGCUUCCGUGUGUACUCCUCGGAGACAGGUGGGGGUUCCGGCGUAAAAACGCCAAGGAAAGCUGACCCAGAUUGUGUUCGGCCACUGGGAUGUGGUGACGUGUCUGGCCAGGUCCGAGUCAUACAUCGGGGGGGACUGCUACAUCGUGUCCGGCUCCAGAGACGCCACUCUUCUUCUGUGGUACUGGAGCGGCAGGCAUCACAUCAUUGGAGACAACCCCGUCAACAGUCAGUAACGCACUCUUUCCCCUCGACCCUUAAAAGUAUGCAUGGAUCAUGCAUAAUGAUCCGGUCUUCAUGUUGCGUUGCGUUUUCUCCCAUAACCUUUGAAGUCAUCUUAGUCGUGAGCGUUUCCAUAAUUAACGCCGUCAAAUCUCGGACAUCUCAUUAAGAAUUUCGGCUCGGCUGCUUCCAAUUAGUGCUCCUGUUCCUUGUCGGAGGGGGGGAAAAAAAGAAUUCCCUUGACGUCCACGCUGCGUACAAAGCGUCCUCAUCGCACACACAAAGGGAAAAGAAGAUAGGAAUAUCUCCUUCAGAUACUUUGGCCACUCCGGAGACACCAGAUACUGCAUGAUUUCCAUGCAGUAUCUGGUGUCUGGACACCACUAACACCUGGAAUGAUUGGACUUUUCUUUUUAAUCAUAAUAAUGACAGAGCUCUUUAUGUCGUUGUUGUCAUCGUCAUCUCAUCAUAAUAUUCUUUGCUGAUUGGCUUGGAGAAAUCACAUGGUUGUGCUGGCAAGUUAAGAUGAUUUGAUUUGAUUUGAUGAUCAUUUUAAUACAGUUGAAGCCACCUUAUAUUUAAUUGUAAUUGUUGCAUUAUUACUAUUAUAUCAUAAUAAUAGUACACAUUUGAUAUAUUAUGAUUAUAUUCUUUGCUGAUUGGCUGGUAUGAAUCACAUGGUUCUAGUGCCUUUUCAAGUCAAGUAAAUGUUAUCAAAUAUGGUUCCUUGACCUUUAAAGAGGCACCACACAAAGUGGACACUUCAAUAGGUACACUUGCAGACAUUUGAAUGAGCAUAAAGUGGUGUUAUUUUAACAUUGUGUUAAUUAUUGUAGGUAUGCAGUGGUCCCUCAUUGUAUCGCGGUUUUUCAAAAAUUAAUUAGUGAAUAAUUGAUCGCUGUUUCAGUCAAUAGACACGACAGUGAAAAAGAAGUUCCCCCAUUCUGUGUGAAAGUGGUACAUUUCUGGCUUCUUACGUUGUCCUUCUUCCUUAAGUUUACAAUAAAUAAAUUGGAGGCUAACUAGUUAGCUCGGUAAGCGGUGGUAGUGUCUUGUGUCCCUGCAUGCUGUAGCCUGCACAUAAGAGUUGUGCAAUGUGGUGUAAACAAAGAUAGCGACAGUGCAGUAGUGUCCAUUUCUUUACAUAUUGAGGAUGGAUGACAGGCUGACGGUGGUGUGAAAAAGGGUUUGCCCCCUUCCUGAUUUCUUUUUUUUUUGUCACACUUAAAUGUUUCAGAUCAUCAAACAAAUAAAAAUAGUAGUCAAUGACAACACAACCGAACACAAAAUGCAGUUUUUAAAGGAAACAUUUUAUUAUAAAAAACCAGAGACUUGCUUUGAUAAAUUGAAGCAUGAAUUCUGCUGUUGGUGACCUCAAGCUGAAACCAACUUGCUCUGCAGCAGGACAAUGAUCCAAAACACACCAGCACCUCUGAAUGGCUGAAGAAAACCAAAAUGACUUUAGGAAAGACUUUGGAGUGGCCUAGUCCAAGUCCUGACCUGAAUCCUACUGAGAUGCUGUGGCAUGACCUUAAAAAGGCGCUUCAUGCUGGAAAAGCCUCCAAUGUGGUUGAAUGACAACAAUCCUGCAAAGAUGAGUGGGCCAAAAUUCCUCCACAGCGCUGAAAGAGACUCAUUGCAAGUUAUCACAAACGCUUGAUUGCAGUUGUGAGCAGUUAUUAGGUUUAGGAGCAAUUACUUUUUCACACAGGGCCAUGCAGGUUUUUUCCCUUAAUAAUAAAUAGUUUCAUUUCAAAACUACAUUUUGUGUUCAGUUGUGUUAUCAUUGACUAAUAUUUACAUUUGUUUGAUGACCUGAAACGUUUAAGUGUGACAAACGUGCAAAAAAAAAAAAGAAAUCAGGAAUGGAGCAAACACUUUUUCACACCACUGCAUAUUAGGUAGUACAAGUGUAAAGGUGACUUAGGGGUGUUAUUUCAUGUCUAAAGGGGUCUAGUCAUGGUAAAAACAUAUUUACAAUGACAUAAACAGGUUUUCUAUGCUCUAACUACAAAAAUAUUCAAUUUAUCAAUAUUGAAUCCUACUUUGCAGGAAUUCAGUUUUCAAGCGAGGUCUGGAACCCAUUAACCGCGAUAAACGAGGGAUGACUAUAAUGUUUGUUAUUGCAGGUAUGAAGUUGGUUAUUGUAAGUAUAAUUGAAUAAUCCGCAGCUGCAACUGUUUAAUAUUUUCUGGAUUUAAAUACAGUAGCUAAAUAACGUAAAUAUUAAGAGGGAGCUGUCAGCAUGAUGCACCACUGCAAACUGCAACCACAGUAGUGAACAUACAGUAUGUAAACAUACUAUGUGACAAUGUCAGUCCAAGCAAUAAAGCACACUAGAGUGUGGAUGUGUCCCGUAUUGCACAUCAGAUCCAUAUGGACUUCCAUUGCUUCCUAAAAGGUGUAAGAGUGUAGCAAAAGAUGGCUUUCCACGUCUUCCACCUGCAAUCAUUAAAAAAGUGUCCCAUUCAACCGCACCCCCUCCUCAUCCCAUCACAAGACGUUGACUCAUCCGUGUCCCAAGGGUGGAUGCGACACGACGCGGAGAGAUUGAAUCUUUUGUGGGGAAGGUGAGCGGCUUCCAGUUUCCUAUUCUUUACCUCCCCAGAGGCUUUGGCUGACACUUGUCCUCGUCAAACCCCACCCCCGACCAAAACCACCCACAACUAUCGGCACCAGCAUCAUCGGAGCAGGUGCUGUGGGGACUGACAGGUCCAGGUCCUGGCUGGUCUCAGUGGGGGGGGGGGGAUUUUGGAAAUGUAUUUUAUUCAUUUAUUAACUUGAGAUACGUAGUACUUCUAUAGUUUUAAAUGUUACAUUUUUAAAACAUUAAUGUCAUAAAAUCUGAAAAAAAAUUGAAUGAUUGAAUUUAAAAAAGAAUAAAUUCUUAUAUACAACAUUACUUACAUUCAUUUCCUUAUUUGAAUGAAUAAACUUUACAGAGCUCCAGCAGAGCCAGUAUGUCCAACACGAGGGGGAGGGCGAUGUCUAUUACAAUGUGAUUGUGCCAUAAGUCUUAUCUAAAUGAGCAAAAUUGUAUUCUGAAGGACCAUAAACAGAAGUAGUUGUCUCUAAAAUUCAAAAAUAUGUAAUAAAAAUAACAUAAUAUAAUAUGUAAUAAAGAUUGUAUGUUAUUAUAAUUUAACAUGCAAUUUAAUUGAAAUGUGAAAAUUUGAUAAAGAAAGCAUUUUAUCUACAUAAUGAAUGAAUUCAGUUUUCCAAAUGAAAUGGAGCUGCAGCAGCGUGAUGGCCGCAUUUGUUUUGGGUCGGGUAGCUGCCUGCCCUUGCUAACCUCUCACCAACCAUCCCCUGUGGCUGUCAUCAAUCAUGUGACACAUGGCAUAGAGGCGAGCGGCUUGGCGGCCGUCAUCGAGCCACCGCCGCAUUUACAUGACAAGCCGAGCCCACCUCCCAUGUGAGCAGAUGUGCAUCACCCGAUUAACUUAUUUUUACACUUGCAACAUGUUCCGAAUGUUAAAAUCGGCCUUAAAGUUUUACAGAUGGUGACAGUCUGAUCCGGGAA